AUGUCUGAGGAAAAUGUGACAUCUUCGCCUCAAGAAUCCUUGAAACAAAAGGUAGAUAAGUGAUGGAAAAUAUUGGAACAUCAGGCGGGGUCGAGGGGAAUUGCAUUUGUUUAUAAUGUACUUGUGUUUGUUUUUAUAGUUUUUAUCAUGGAUGAUAAAAUCCUACCUUGGGAGUUUUUGUUGAAGGGUAGGAUAGAAAUUGUAUGAAUAUUUAAAUAAAAUGUAUUCAGGUUGCAAUUCUUUGUCCCUUGGGAAGUGUCUUAGAGGGAGCCGUAUAUACCAGAGCUUCUCCAGUGCUAGAACUUACGUCUGAUUCCAGUGCCACAGUGCCUCUAUAACUCUGGCCCUAUUGUAGUUGUUGGGCCAAACGGGACAUGUUUAAGCUGUUUGUGGGCAUGUUAGGGGAGGACUGUGAAAUACUUUGAGUCUUUGGAUUUACAGUCUUCUCAGCAGCUUUGAAGUGCCUCCAAACUGGAGAAAGAGAUAUUCCCACAUGGGACCUGGUGUAAGUCUGUCCUGUACUGUUUCCAAUGAGAAAUCUAGCCAAUCUAGCCAAUGGGAAUCAGUAGCAGUGUGGAUCCAGCAGUGCUUUAAAUACGAUGGUUAAAACACAUUUUUCUCUCUCAGCCCCUUAGGAUUGCAGCCUUAGUGGAGCAUCCUUGGUAGCUUUUCAUACUUUUUGAGGAUAGUCAGGUUUUCAGAAAUUUGUUAUUUUAUGUCCAAUUGCUUAGGAUUAAUUUGCCCUAACCAAAAUCCUUUUUUUUUUGCAAACUAUUGUAUGGUUCUUUUAGGCUGGCCUUUUUAACCUACAAUGUGAAGAUAUCAUUUCUAUGAAAUGGAUACUAGGUAUGUUGUAUGAAGUUUACACUGUUUACUGUUAUUUACUGUUAUUUACUGUUUAGAUUAAACAAGAUGGCUGCAGUGAGACAGGUCCAAGCCUCACACCAAGCACAGAAAGAAAAGGUGCUUCAAAGGAAGCAGGUGCUGAAUGUGGCAGGAGGAGAAUGAAAGACCAGGACCAAGGAUCUCGACUAAUAUACCGCAAAGCUUUGCUUGCUAUACUUGGGGGACCACUGCGACCUAGAAGAGAGGUGGCACCUCCAAAUGGAACCCUGGAAGAAAGCGUUUCUAAAAAAGUGGCAUCUGAAUCAGCUGGCCACCUGAGACGUCCCUCAACAGCAUCAAAACUUGGAGAGCAGCAACCUGGAAAAGAGUUAAACUGUCUGAAAACCAUAGAAAAAGAACACAUUAAUAUUUCUAUCAGGCAGGAUAGAAAAGAGUCUCAUGGGUCAGAUGGCAGCUCAAGACGUGUAUCUGUAGUUUCAAGUUCAGAAAGAGAAAAAGACUUUAAACAGGAGUCCACCUUUCAGAAAGCUGCUGCAGAAGAUGAACAUAAUAUCUCUAGGCAUUGUGGAAAAGAGGCUUCCAGAUCAAAGGGUAGCUUGAGGCAUAUUCAUGCAUUAUCAAGAUCUGAAGAUGAACCAGAAGUUGAACAGGACUCUGUCUUCCAGAAAGCUGCUGCAAAAGAAGAAAAGAAAACCUCUAGGCAUAGUGGGAAAGUGGCUUCCAAACCAGGUGGCAACUCAAGGCACAUUCAUACAUUAACAAGAAUUGAAGAUGAACCGGAAGUUAAGCAGGAGUCGACCUUUCAGAAAGUUGCUGCAAAAGAAGAAAACAGUAUUUCUAGGCAUAGUAGAAAAGAGGUUUCUAGACCAGCGGGCAGCUCAAGGUAUACAUUAUCAAGGUCUGCAUUAUCAAGAUUUGAAGAUGAACCAGAACUGGAAAAGGAGCCAAAAGACACCAACAUUUCUGUUGGACGGAGUAAAAAAAAGGAUUGCAGAGAGCAUUGCAGAUCAGAUGAUAAAUUUAAAAGCACAUCUCACCUUUUACAGGUUGAAGGAGAACAAAAAUAUAAGCAAGAGUCCACCAAACAGCAGAGUCAAACUGAUGAUGAAAAUGCCUGUGCCAGUCUAUCUAAAAAGGAGUAUGGGAGACCAGGAAACCAGCUGAGAAGUGUGUCUGAAGUGUCCAAGUAUGAAGGUGAAGAACUGUUCAAGCAAGGUUGCAGCAGUGAGAAAACUAUGACAAAAUACAACAGUACCUUCACAAAGCAGAAAACUGCGCCAAAAGAAAAAUAUGUUUGCCUCAGUUCAUCUGAUGCACAUUGUGUUACUGCUGCAAAGGAGUUUGUGAAUUUCCAGAGGACAGUUAUUGUAGAAUCUUCUCCAAAACCUGUGUUUGUGGAUGACCACAGUUCAGAAGUAAAUGAGAAGGUGAGGCAUUCUGUUGUGGAAUAAGGUUUUCAAAAUGAAACCGUAGCUAAAUGUUCCUGAAAUGUAAUUGAUUUCACACAAAUGAAGAGCCAGCACUUAAAAGUAAACACAUUCUGAAAAGUUUGAGAAAUCCUUAAGAUAGCUUCAAGGAUUCACUCUUAAGCUAGUAGGAAAAGAAUGUAGUUUAAGGAAACUUAAACUAAACUUAAAUUUAAAUUACUAAAAGGUGCUAUUUAAACACAGAAUCCUUCCAAAUGGUUGUAGAAAUGUUUAGUAGCAGUUUUCAGAGGUGCAGGAUGUAGGACAAAAUAGUAGUUACAAAUACAACCUUUGUUGUUUGUAUGAUUCAGGAUUAAGAGAUAGUUUUCUGAAUUCCAUUAACUUAGAAGUUGCCAUGUAGCGGUGUACAAAACGGAUUUCAUCCUUUUUAUGGUGUCAUGUGGCCUUUUUCUGGAUGACACUCAUAAUAAUAAAUUGUGUCCCAUAUAGCAUUGCUGAUCAAUACAGAAGUUUUAAGUGAUCCUCAAAUUUUACUUACCUUUUGUGGUCGACUACCAAAUAUCCGAAAUAAAGUGGUGUUUGCUCUCUGUGAAUAACAAACUGCAAGACUAACAUGCUUUUAUUUCAAUGUGCAUUUUCUACCAGUUGUCUGAAUGGCAUGUUACAAUUCUUAAGCAUUUUUCACAUAGUGUUGCCUUAAAUUAUACAAAAAAUCCCUCAUAUCUUCCUUUACUUUUGUUAUAAACCAGUAUAGGCAUGGCAGGCCUAACAGAGAUUAGCUGGAGAGCCAUGUCUAUUUUUCUUUUAAAAACAAAAUCUGCAUACCUCUUGUAUUUUUGUCGUCUUCCCCUGUGACCUGGUCAUCUUCCCUUGCAUAUAACUUAAACUAAUCAGAUGCAAGAUAACCAAGCUGAAUUGAUUUUUUCAUUUUAUUUCAUGAUUUGCAGUUAAUGGGGAAAGAAAGAGAGUCCUCGGCUGAAAGUGAUUGGUCUGACAUGGAGGAUGCAGAACCACCUAGUACUUUCUCCCAGGAGGAUUCUAUCCCAAACCACAGUACGCCAAAAACAGUGGAGACUUCACAGUUGGCAACAGAGUUGGUGAUGUAUCCUCCUCAUUUGUACAAUCGCAGAAUGAGUGACUAUACAAAGUACUGGACAAGCUGCAGCAAGCCAGCGGAUUGUUCUUCUUUUUCAUGUUCUUCUGAAGAUACCUCAUAUGCCACCCAUCUUUGUGAUGUUUCAUUAGAUACCUCAUAUGAUAGCCCAUCAACUACACCAAGGGAUAAAGAACCUUGUAUGCGUGUCAGGCCCCGGUCGCUUGGUUCUCACCCGGUCGAUGAAGAGAAAAACAGACGACAGAGUAAAGAAGUAGCAUCAGGUGUUCCUAUUUUCUCCACAUCUCGCAAGUCAGAGUCUUUUGUCAAUCAGUGUGUAAACCAGGAUUUGCCUGAUGACCUGCCUAAAUAUUUAAAAGAAGGGUUUAUUGAUACCCACUGUCAUCUGGAUAUGUUAUAUACAAAGACAGCUUUCAGGGGCACUUUUUCUAAGUUUCGAAAGACUUACAGUAGCAGCUUUCCUGAAGAAUUUCAGGGAUGUAUAGCUGACUUUUGUGAUCCUCGUACAUUGAGCAACUACUUAUGGGAAGAUUUAUUAAAGGAAGACAUGGUUUGGGGGGCAUUUGGCUGUCAUCCUCACUUUGCACGUUAUUACACAGACCUUCAUGAAAGAAGUAUCUUACAGGCAAUGAGGCACCCCAAAGCUAUUGCCUUUGGAGAAAUGGGGCUGGAUUACUCUUACAAAUGUAGCACUGAGGUCCCAACGCAACAUAAGGUAAAGGAGAGUGCUGUUACUUUUUGUGCUCAGUGUCUCUUAAGAUUUGUGAAGAAACAAGUCAUUCACUUUGUAAGAUGUCAUUGGUCUGUAAAGUUGUGAAGCAGUUGUUCAAAAAACCCACUAAGUUGAGAUGAUAGUAGCUUUCUUUUGGAAAAAAACACCUUUCCAGUCCAUUGCUCGGAGUAUGUUGCAAUCCACAGAAUAAGAGGAUUGGUUGCUAAAUAAUUUUUGUAGUGCUGGUUAAAUGUAUUAAUGUGCAGUGUUGACCUAGAACACAGGGGUGAUACGUAGCUCAAAUAUUUCUAAGCAUUUCUGUUAUCUAAUCACUCGCAAUAGGCUUUGGUUUGAAUACAUUAGCAAAAGAGACAUAUCCCAUAUUUUGGAAUUUCAGCAGCAUGUGAUUUCUACAUCCAAAAGUAGUGUUGCAGUGGUGCAUGGUAGCAAACAACCUACUAGCAGAAAUGUUUGGUCAAAAGCUCAGGUAAGUGGUCAGAGCAGGAAGAAUGAAAGAAAAAUGCAUCAUCAUGUGUAAUAUUAGUUGGCUGCAAAAGAACAAUUCUCAACAAAAUGUGUUCAAAAAACUUGCUGUAGACACAGAACUAUAUUGAAUGGCCUGGAUCCAGAGUUACUGGUUUCCCCCCUUGCAACCCCCUAGGGCUCUUUUGAAGAGUCCCUAAGUUUUCUUGAGCAGGUGUUCAGUGGCUAGGGAGCUGCAGGAAGGAAGAGGAACUGGUAAAAAUUGCCUUCAUUUCCUACAGCAGCUGUUGCAUGAGUGGAAAUCUAUUAAACAUGUCAGUAUCUACAGUUUGAUCUGUUUAUCCAAUGUUAAAUUAUUCAUAUUACUUUCAGUUUUGUAUGGGGUGUUUCCUAAUUGCAUCAGCAUUAUGUACAAUACUGACACUGAAGCUCAGCCAGUCUACUCCUUUAAUGCCUUUUAAAAUGAAAUAAAUGAAAAUGUGCUCCUGGACAGAUUUCUCUCUCUUAUGUCCCCGCCCCCCCACUCCCUAACAAAAUGGACUGUGUUGAUAAAAGUAGUAAGAUUAUAAAUGGUAGUGGUGGAGUGAGGUACUAGAUUGUUUUCUGCACAUCUUACAGUUUUGUUCUCGGGGCAGUUCUAAUAGCAUUUGAAGAUAUACUCCUUUCUUGCUUGCUUCAGGUAUUUGAAAGGCAACUGAAUCUUGCUGUUUCCUUAAGGAAACCAUUGGUAAUUCACUGCAGAGAUGCUGAUGAUGACUUGUUGGAAAUCAUGAAAAAAUGCGUACCCAAAGACUACAAGAUACACAGGUAAUUGUAUUAAAUAAUUUUAAGUCUACCCAUCCUUGACUUUAAAAAGAAGCUGAAGGCCAGAGGUCCUAAAAUUCUGCAUGGCUGUGAUUCCCUGGUUAUGACAUACAAAGACCUAUAGGGCUUAGGUACAAGUUAUCUGAAAGAAUGUACAGUGGUACCUCGGGUUACAUACGCUUCAGGUUACACUCAGCUAACCUAGAAAUAGUAUCUCGGAUUAAGAAUUUUGCUUCAGGAUGAGAACAGAAAUCAUGCUCCGGCGGCGCAGCAGCAGCAGGAGGCCCCAUUAGCUAAAGUGGUGCUUCAGGUUAAGAACAGUUUCAGGUUAAGAACGGACCUCCAGAAUGAAUUAAGUACUUAACCCAAGGUACCACUGUAUUCCCUCACAGAAGCCUGCCUGGGUUCUGAGAUCCUUGGGGGAGGCCUUUCUCCUGGUCCUGCCACCCUCAGGCAUGCUUAGUGGGGAUGCAGGAGAGGGCCUUCUCGGUGGCUGCUCCCAGACUUUGGAAUUUCCACCCUAAAGUUAGGCUGGCUCCCUCAUUGUCUUUCCACUGGCAAGUGAAUACUUUCUUGUUCGAACAUGCUUUGGGGAACUGGCUGCUUUUAAUUUGGGGGCUGGUGCCAUGCAAUUUGGGUUGUGAUUGUAUGUUUUUAGUACACAUCUCAAAAAGAUAUGUGUUGUGUGUUUAAUUGUUUUUUAAUUAUUGUUCCCACCCACCCCAGCAUUUUUAGCUGUUCUUAUAUUUUAUCUGUAAGCUGCCAUAAUUUCCUGUCAGAGAAAAAGGCGGUGUAUACAUAAAUAAAAUCUCCCUUUCUAUUUAAAAAAGUUGCCAUUUAAUUUUUCAGACCAGCAUUCUAAAAUCAUAAGUGAAAAUUAAGACAUAACUUGAAUGCUUCGAAGGUCUCUGUUUCAUUGAAAUUAGAUUCUGUAAUUCCUUGAAUAUAGUAUUAAAAUUAUAAUAUGCAGCUUCCGCAACCAAUUUUAACUGAAGCGUGGCUUUUAUUCCAAGAAGAAAUUAACAACAUAGCAGCCAUCAUUCUGUGUCCAGCCUGCUGUGUGGUCUUUGGCAUGGCCAGCAUUACUGUUUUCCUGUUGCUGGUUGGCCAUCGUAUGUUGCAGAAUGACCAUUGUUUUCUCUCUAUCUUAGGCAUUGCUUUACUGGCAGAUACAGUGCCAUAGAACCAUUGUUGGACUACUUUCCAAAUCUUACUGUUGGAUUCACAGCACUGCUGACAUAUCCAUCUGCUACAGAGGCUAGAGAGUCAGUUCAGAAAAUCCCUUUAAGUAGAAUAGUUGUAGAAACAGAUGCGCCAUAUUUCCUUCCUAGGCAGGUAAGGUAUUUUGUUUUAUUUGGGGUUGUUUGCAAUGCUUUGUCCCUUUAUUGUGUGCUGAUUGAUACUUCAUUAAAAUAAUGUCCUUUCUUGUUUUAGGGUGUAGUAUGAAAGAAAAUGUUAAUGGUUUAGGGUGAAGCAGGCCCUUCAUAUAGCGCAAUGCAGUGGGGGGUUUUAUCACUCCUUCCUCUUGAAAGUCAUGGCUCAGGAAGAGAGGGGGAAAUAUCAAAAGUCAAUCACUGCCCACACAGGUGGGGUCCUCAGGAAAGGUUUGGGGUCUUGGACCAUGGUCUCCACUUCCUCAAGGAAGGACUUCUGGCAAGAGAUAGGCUGCACCUCACAAUUGUUGGCAAGAAUGUGAUUGGUAAGAAUCUCACAAACCUGAUCAGAAGAGCUUAAAGUAAAUCCUGCGGGGCAGGGAGACAAUAUUACAGAUGACAGGGAAACACCUGGUACUGGGGAUAGUAGCUUCAUAGAUGCGCAGGAAACUGAGGCGGUGCUACAGAAACCUGUUAAUGGGCAGGAAACUACAAGAAAGAAGCAGCUGCAGGAGAUCUGGACUUUAAGAAGGCUGAUUUUAAAAAGCUAAAAGAGCUACUGAGGGAUAGCUCAGUUGGUAGAGCAUGAGACUCUUAAUCUCAGGAUCAUGGAUUUGAGCCCCAUGUCGGGCAAAAUAUUCCUGCACAGCAGGGAGUUGAACUGGAUGAUCCUUGUGGUCUCAACUUUACCAUUCUAUGAUUCUGUUGGGUGAGAUCCCAUGGUCAGAAAUACUCAAAGAUAAGGGAGUCAAAGAUGGAUGGGAGUUUGUUAAAUGUGAAAUAUUGAAGGCACAAGUGCAGGCAAUAACCUUGUCUCCUAAAACUCUGCUUCUGCUUUUUCCAGGUUCCCAAAACUGUAUGCCAGUAUUCACAUCCAGGAGUAGCUCUGCACACCGUUAAAGAGAUUGCUCGGCUCAAAGAAGUGUCAUUGCCUGCCAUGUUAGGCAUUCUAAGACAAAACACAAAAAGAAUAUAUGACUUGUAG